AGGAAAAGCAGUUGUUCCACUGACACCUCUCUGGCAACACGCCGUCGGGCGCAUUCCGCUUCCACGUCAUGCUGUUAUGAUUAUCAUUAGUCUGCGCGUAGUGACGUCGUUGUAUACGAAGUUUUCAGCCUCGCUGUUGGAUGCCAACUAUUGUUCCAAACGAGUUGAAAUGCACUGAUCUAUCUGAGAAUGAUAAGUGAUAUCGUCAUCGUGCACCAUCCCGUUUCUGUGUGUGUACCGGUGAACCAUCUGGUGACCCUGAGUGUCCGUGCGGAGAGCACCAGUGACCUCAACUACCAGUGGUUUACUGACGAUGAAUGUGAGGUGUGGGGUGAAACUAAAGCAGAUCUCACCAUCAAAGCCAGAAAAACUCAGUGUUAUGUUUGCCGAGUGAACAAUCAUUCCGGUAACUGUGUGUUCAGUGACUGGGUGAAAGUGAAGGUGCACGAUAUUCAGACGGCAGGUUUACCAGCGCAGUGGCAGGGUGAUCCACACAUUGUUAUCAACCCCACAUCUCUCAGAGUUCAACCAGCUGCUAAUGUCACCCUUUCUUGUGUUGCGUACGGCAAACCAGCACCGCAGUAUCAGUGGUAUAAAAAUGGGCUGCCGCUGUUUAAUGAAACCAGCGACACACUUCAGAUCGACGGCGUCACGGUGGAGCAUAAAGGGUCGUAUCUGUGCUCGGUGUCUAAUGUCCUGAAAGAGUGCUGGAGUGACGCGGCAGAGCUUGAUGUUGUGCUGAAUGACCGCCCCGCACCUGCCGCUCUCACCGCCAGCGAUAAGGUGGCUUUACUCAUUGGCAAUCUCAACUACAACCACCACCCGUCCCUGAUGGCGCCAGUCAUGGACGUCCACGAGCUGGCGAACCUGCUGCAGCACCUGGGCUUCAGGGUCGUGUCUCUGCUGGAUCUCACCAAGGAGGAGAUGCAGGCGGCCAUCGAGAAGUUCAUCCAGCUCCUGGACAGAGGGGUUUAUGGCCUGUUCUACUACGCCGGGCACGGAUACGAGCACGCUGGCCGCAACUACUUGGUGGCCAUUGAUACGCCACAGCCCUACAGACCUGAAAACUGUGUGUGUGUGCAGCGAGUCAUGUUGAAAAUGCAGGACAAGGAGACGGCGCUCAACAUAGUUCUCCUGGACACCUGCAGAAAAUGGUGCAACCAAGGGGGGGCGCUGUCAGCCAUCAGACCACAACUACCAAAGGGAAAUACUGUCUACGGUUUUGCAACAUGUGAAGAUGCUGAGGCGUUCGAGGUUCAAGAUGGAAGGAAGAGCACUGGGAUCUUCACCAAAUACUUAAACAAGCACAUCCUGGAGGUCGACAAAGUCACGCACGUGCUGGAGAAGGUUUCGGAGGAUUUAGGCCGAGACCAGCUGGUCACUGACAAACAGGCAGUGGAGGUCAAGCACACGCUGAAGGAGCCUCGGUCACUGGCCGAUCCGGUUCAUACCAAAGGACACACGCGAGAGCUGCACCGGAGAGAGGCCUGCUGGAGACAAGCGAAUGAGCUUCCGAAGAAGAAGCGCCUGGUGUUUUUCUGCGGAGCCGAAGUGGAAAUCAGCUUCUCAGCUUUGUUCUCAAACGUCCUGGUUGUGUUUGCCAAAGUGAAAUCGACUGGUCUCAGAACGCAAGAUUGCACCGUCAGGAUGAGCAGUAAACCUACAAUGGAGGACAUGUUCUCUGGAUCUGGGACGUUCGAGGAGGUGGAUUCGCUCAUGAGCGGAAGCUCUUGCAACUCCGAUUGCACUCUCCGACUGUGUGGACUCCAGAAACUGAAGCACUACCUGGUCAUCCAGGUGGACCUCCACUUCACGCACACCAAGAGUCUCCUGCGUCAGACCGAAAGCCAGAAGCUGGCCAUCGGAAAGCCACUGGUGGCGUCAUGUGACUUAUUCAACCGGAAGUAUGGGGCAACGGCUGCCAGACAACACGACGCAGUCGCUGCCACUCAAAGUAUGGACAAGAUCGCGAGCUGCAAAGGCCUGCAGAAGCAUCCGAUGGCCGGAACUUGCAGACCCUUCACACGGAAAGCAGAGUGCCAGGCCAAAGUUGGGGUGACCAGGUGGAAUCAACCGGAAGAGAAUGAUGAGAACGAACUGUGUCAAGCAAUGAACGCUUUCGCGCUUGGUCAUUAAAUAAUAACACUGAAUUUUCACAAUAUUUAAGUGAGGAAAACCUCUGCUGGGGCAUCAUCACUGUCCGCUCCCGUGGUCCUCCACCUGCUACACAAACAGCCUUCAGUGUCAUGUAAUUUAUUCCUGUGUAAUGGUGCGUCGAAACGAGUUAUGAUACUAAAAAUGUUUGAUUGUUUUGUAAAUGUAUAGAAUCUUUGUUGUGGAAUGCACAUUUUGAAAAUAA